AUGCAAGAAAAUCAUGCGUUCUAUCCCUUAUUGAAAGAUACAAGUGAGUCUAAUAUGACUCAUUCAAGUGGGUAUGAAUCUUCGGAACAUGAUGAUGAUUCAAGAAGCUUUCCAAGAAUGGAUGAAUCCUUCUUGUCGGAUGAUAUUAAGGACAUCUCUCCUAUUCGUCCUUUCUCACAAGAUCCUUUUCCCUCCAAAGAUGAAGUUAUUCAUAAAGAGGAUCAAGAUCGUAUUUCUCUCUUAGGUGGGGAGAAGAUUGGCAAGUUUUUUGGUGAGGAUGAUCAGCCUCUUCAGUUGAACUCUUGUCAGUGCUUUAUGAUCGCCCCCAACACUUGCUUUCCAGUCAUUUCAGAAUUUCUUGAUGUCGAAAAUCCUCUGAUGCAUUGGGUAAAGCAAACAGCUUCUCAUUACGGGGAUGAUGAGCCAAAGCAAAUACUUUUCAAAUCUUCUGACGAGAUGAUUGAACAAUUAAUUGAAAUUAUCAUUGGGUUUCCAAGAGGAGAGGCAAAUCAUUAUCAAUACCAUCCAUCUCAAGACUGGAAGGUUGUAAUUCUUGAAAUGAUGGAUUAUUUGUACAAAAUUAAGAACUGUUUUCCUUCCUCUUACAAUCAAAAGGACAUAAGAAUUGCUUUGCAAUCACCGUCAAACAGUAUGAAUAUUUCUAAUGGAAGUUCUGUAUCUUCCUCUCUCAAGUCUCAGAAUGUAGAUGAGGAAAGCGAUGUUUCAGAUUUUCUUGACCAAUCUUUUCAUUCUGAUUUUGAGAAAUUCUCUUCAAAAGAAUUUAUUAAGGAUAAACGUGCAGAGAAUCUGGAGGACUUGUACAAGGCAGUGAAGGAAUCCAGAAAUCCAAGUGAACCCUUUCAUUUUUGUGUUACUAAUUGGGCCAAAGAAAUGUAUCACGAAGAUCGCACUGAUUUAUUAGCCUCCUUCUUAAAAUACCGCAUUGAACAAGGUGAUUCUAUUGAACCCAAUUUUGAUUGUCUUUAUGAUUUCAGAAACUGUUGGAAGAGAAGAAAUUUAAGUAUAUCCUCUGAAAAUCAUCUUGAAGUGAUUUCCUUGCAAUGGAUAACAGGGAUGCUUUCAGAUUUUGGUCUAAAUAUCAAGAAAAACUGUAAAGUGAUUUUGAGCGAGGGAGUUAUUGAUGAAAACUCCAAAUAUUGUAAACCUGAUGUCUGUGUCGAAGAUAAGGCUAUCUGCAUGGAAUACAAGCUUGAAAAUGUUCUUGGUUGUACUUCAGAUAUCCGAAAAGUGACAAUGCUUCCAAUCAAAUUCAUGAUUGGCAAUAACUUGGAUCACGGAAUGGGUCUUCUUGCUGACCGCAAAUAUGCGUACAUGUUUUUUGUUGAGAAGAAAAGAUUAACAACCUUUAUGUGGACUUAUUGUCACAAAUUUGAUUUGGAAGAGUUGAGUGACAGAUGUUUAUUAUUUGUGGUUUUGAUGACAUGGUUGGUUGAUCAAUGUAAGGGAAAUGGAUCUGCAGCAAAAUAUUGGAUGAAAUUGAACUCAUUGGCCCAGAAAUGGAAGGAAGAGAGAGACAAGAAGGAGCUUUUCAACAAGAAGGGUGAUCUUAGUGACAACAUUCAAGAUACAACAUCAAAACAUGUUCAUCAAUUAAGCAGUUCAAAUUCAUCACGAAACUCCAUGAACACUCCUUCAAACUCUCAAAAGCAACAAAAACUCAUUCAGUUGAAUUUGAAGAAACAGGUGCAAGAACGUUCAAAAAAGAUUUUAAAUGACGUUUCUCAUUUUGCAAGAAAUACUGUAUAUUAA